AUGGGGGCGACACAUGGGGGCCUCCUUUCCAUGUCACUUAAUAGAUGCACAGUGGAGAGUGUCAGUGGGUCGGCGUCACCGAUAACUCUUCUGGGAACUCCUGCAGAGGAGAACACAGGAGGAAAGAUCGACCUGAUAGAGGCAGAGAGCCUUAACUACAUAUUGCAGACAACCCCUCAACCUAUGCUGAUGUUGCGCAGGGUGUCAGUGAAGUACCACGGGAAGCCCUCUCAUGGUGGUGCAUACCCCUGGGGCCGAGUCAAUGCCCUGGAUGCUGCGCUGCCCUACAACAACCUCUCCGUGCUCAGGCAGCAGAUGAAACCUGAGUGGAGGGUUCACGGCAUCAUCACACACGGAGGAGAGAAGCCCAACAUUAUCCCUGCCUACACCGGGUUAGAGUUUUGUCUGCGCACUCCGCUGGUGAAGGAUCUUCGGGACCUCAAGGCCAAAGCGGAGGCUUGCUUCGGGGGAGCUGCCGUGCCAACUGGUUGCCAAGUAAGCUUACCUAAAAAUACAAAAAUCUACCCAUCCCAUGCUUCCUCCAACAUUCUGCCUAAUGCCACACUGUCAAGCCUGUAUGAAAAAAACGGGGAAGCUUUAGGGAUUCACCUUGCAGAGCAGCCACAAAACUUCUCUGAAUCCACGGACUUUGGAGACGUCUCAUUCAUACUUCCUGGCAUCCACCCUUUUUUUUCCAUCGGUACAGAUGCAUUUAACCACACAGAGGAACACACCGAAGCAGCAGGAGCUGAGACGGCCCAGUUGUACACCCUGAGGACAGCCAAAGCCCGGGCUACCACAGCUGUGGAUGUAGUGUGCUGCCCCGAUCGGCUCAGGAAAGUGAGAGAGGACUUCGGCCUGGCCAAACUGAAACAGGAGAAAUGA